CCUGCAGGUAAUUAAAUGCCCUUGGUGAGGCCCGUGGCUCUGUUGGCAUGCUUGGAUCCACAGCAGCUCUUCCAAUAGCUCCUUUUUGUCUGCCCCAUUGCAAGAAGAUGGCAAAAGCAAACAUCACCAGAGACAUCAUCCACAGGCAGAUCAAGGAGAGGGGUGCUCUGGGCUUCGAGCGACACUAUCAUGUCACUGAUCCCUUCAUCCGACGCCUGGGCCUGGAAGCAGAAUUGCAGGGUCACUCUGGGUGUGUCAACUGUCUGGAAUGGAAUGAAAAAGGAGAUUUGUUGGCCUCUGGCUCUGAUGACCAGCAUACCAUUGUCUGGGAUCCUCUGCACCACAAGAAACUGCUUUCUAUGCACACAGGACAUACUGCAAACAUCUUUUCUGUCAAGUUCUUGCCGCACUCGGGGGAUCGGAUCCUCAUCACGGGAGCUGCAGAUUCCAAGGUGCAUGUCCAUGACUUGACUGUCAAGGAGACCAUCCACAUGUUUGGAGAUCACACCAACAGAGUUAAGAGGAUUGCCACGGCUCCCAUGUGGCCCAACACCUUCUGGAGUGCAGCAGAAGAUGGGCUAAUCAGGCAGUACGACCUGCGGGAGAACAGCAAACGCUCCGAGGUGCUGAUCGACCUGACCGAGUACUGCGGGCAGCUGGUGGAGGCCAAGUGCCUGACAGUCAAUCCCCAGGACAACAACUACCUGGCAGUGGGGGCAAGUGGGCCCUUCGUGAGGCUCUAUGACAUCCGCAUGAUCCACAACCACCGGAAAAGCAUGAAGCAGAGUCCUUCAGCUGGAGUGCACACGUUCUGUGACCGCCAGAAACCCCUCCCAGAUGGUGCAGCACAGUACUACGUGGCAGGGCACCUUCCAGUGAAGCUUCCAGACUACAACAACAGGCUGAGGGUGCUGGUGGCCACAUACGUCACCUUCAGCCCUGAUGGCACUGAGCUCUUAGUCAACAUGGGAGGGGAACAGGUCUAUUUGUUUGAUCUGACAUACAAACAGCGACCAUACACUUUUCUCCUCCCCAAGAAGUGCCACAGCUCAGGGGAAGUGCAGAAUGGCAAGACCUCCACCAACGGGACCUCCACCAACGGGGUGUCCAAUGGCAUCCACCUGCACAGCAACGGCUUCCGCCUGGCUGAGGGGAGAGCACACAUGAGUCCCCAGGUGGAGUUACCUCCCUAUCUGGAGAGAAUCAAGCAGCAAGCCAACGAGGCCUUUGCUUGCCAGCUGUGGACCCAAGCCAUCCAGCUGUACAGCAAGGCAGUGCAGAAGGCCCCCAACAAUGCCAUGCUCUACGGGAACAGGGCUGCCGCCUACAUGAAGCGCAAGUGGGAUGGGGACCAUUAUGAUGCUUUAAGAGACUGCUUGAAAGCCAUCUCCUUGAAUCCAUGCCACCUGAAGGCUCACUUCCGCCUUGCCCGUUGUCUCUUUGAACUCAAGUACGUGGCAGAAGCUCUGGAAUGUCUGGAUGACUUUAAAGGGAAGUUCCCAGAACAAGCACACAGCAGUGCCUGCGAUGCCCUGGACAGGGACAUCAACGCAGCCCUUUUCUCCAAGAGUGAUAACGGUGAGUCCUGGGGUUCCCUGGGGGGUGGCCCCAUCCGGCUGCGAGCCCCGGGCCGCAAGGAUUCCAUCUCGGAGGACGAGAUGGUGCUGAGGGAGCGCAGCUACGACUACAAGUUCCGAUACUGUGGCCACUGUAACACUACUACAGACAUCAAAGAGGCCAAUUUCUUUGGCAGCAAUGCACAGUACAUAGUCAGCGGGUCAGACGAUGGCUCCUUCUUCAUCUGGGAGAAAGAAACCACCAACCUCGUUAGAGUGCUGCAGGGAGAUGAGUCCAUUGUGAAUUGUCUCCAGCCCCAUCCCAGUUACUGCUUCCUGGCCACCAGUGGCAUUGACCCCGUUGUACGACUGUGGAACCCUAGGCCAGAGAGUGAAACACUCAAUGGCCGGGUGGUCGUGGACAUGGAAGGUGCUUCCCAAGCCAACCAGCGCCGGAUGAACGCGGACCCGCUGGAGGUGAUGUUGCUGAACAUGGGGUACAGGAUUACAGGACUGACCAGUGGUGGGGCUGGAGGCUCAGAUGAUGAAGACAGCUCAGAGGGGCAAGUCCAAUGCCGGCCCAGCUAAAACAGAACUGCCUCUCCUUCCUCUAAUUGUUUGGCUGAAAGGGAACCUAGUUUCCUUGGUCCAGAACUUUCUCUGAUGAAUGGCUGCACUGUUUCGCACUAUGCACAGAGCAGGACAAGCUGGCAGGGGCAGGAGCAACCAUCUCUAAACCAUCACCACCACCUCCUCCUUCUCCCGUCACGCUCCCGAGCAGCAUGGCAGUGCAGUCUGGGGUUUGCCUUUAGUGGAAUUUAGUCCCAAAAGGGGUCUUUGAGUUGUCUGUAAGCAGUGUAAGCUGGUGAUUUCUUUUUUCCAGAGCUGCUGUAUGAUCUGGUACAGGGGGACGUUGCAUUUGCAGAGGGGGGUUGUUAAAUUCCUGAAUAAAACACAAACCUAGGGCAGGGUUUAUGGAAUGAA